AUGGACUCACAUCUCUUUGACAAGAACAACAACAAUGAACUACUUCUUGGCAAUUUGGACAUUGUUGUGCCUCCUGCUCAAGCCACCAAAAGCUUUCAAGCUCCUGAUACCAUCAGCUCAACUCCUGAUCCAAAAUACAACAACCAAGCUCCAAAAUUACCUACCUAUACCACCUUGCAACCAAAUAACAUGAGUUUUAGCAGCUGCAAAUCACAGCUUUCUUCAUCUUGCAACAAACAACUCCCUGGUGUUUCCAAAGCUCUCUGGCAGGCCUGGGUCAAUGGAGGUCUUUCAAUUGUGGUAUCUAUCCACUGUUCAAAGGGGUAUAAUAGUAAGGAUAAAAAGACAAUCAAAGUGUCUGGCUUCUUUGACAACACCUUUGAAGCUUUCAUCAAAUCCACCUUGACUGCACCUGCCACUUUGACUAUGGGUUUCCCUAUUAUACUUGAGAACCCUUUGAAGACCAAGAAUGCACACUGA